AUGCUUUGUCAUGGUGCACAAGCCGAUCUUGGAUACACCAAGCAUCUCACCUCUACGCAUUCGGUGCUGAAGAACGAGUUGAAUUCUUUUCUUGAUUUUUUGUUUGAGCUUAUUGUUGCUCGAGGACCAUCCGCUGGGUUUGAUGUGUCUUUGAAUGGAUUUGACCUGUUUCAUGGUCAUGUUUUUAUUGCUGCUGACACAAGACGACUCGGUAUAUUGUUCCAUGCCAGAGAAUACCCAGCAUAUGAUAAAGAAAUAUUUCCAUACAACAUGGGAUAUUGUCAAACAGGUUCUACUGUCGCUUAUGAUUCUAUGAAUUUGUUAAACAUUCUCUGGCCGGCUCCUUUGCCAAGCAGUUCUAUUAAAGCUUGGGUGGCACCAGGAACCCUCGUUGUGCUGGAUGCCCGUCCUGAUGGAAUCAUACACAUACCUGAAUAUGUAAAUUUUGCGAGGACCAUAUAUGAAGAUGACUUAGGCCAUGUUGUGGUUGAUGCAAACUACUUGAAUGUUGGAACAGAUCCUAACUAUCAGAUUUUCAUAUGCUGAAAACUGAAGUCCUGCUUAAGGUGCUCUUUUUCCAGUGGCAGAUAUUGCGAGGAGCCCCCAAAAUGUGAUUAUCAACAAAUGCUUGAGAUUCUUGCAGACAUCAACACUCAUGAAUCCCUAAACACGGUGGCCAACGCUCAAAGUUUCUGGCGCUGACAUGGAAAUCAAAUCUAGAUGCAAUCUUAUAUCAAUUACCUUAGUGGCGGGGUUUUACACAUCUAAAACUGUACAUGUUCAUUUAUUAGCUUUAGACUGGAAAGCCAUGAUGGCUAUGCUCACAGCUCAAAUUCUAUUUCAACUCGACCCUCUGAUGACUAGGAUGCACGAAGACGAACUUCUACAUUGGUUUUACAUGAAUGUGAUAGAAACUUCUUCGAAGCACUUAUUGCAGAUAAAUUUUGCUAUCAGCAUCUCCAUAGCACCCAUAGCACAAGUUUUAUCAGUGUGUAUUGUUGGUGUAUGAAAAGGAUUAUAUUUAUGUAGGAGAUUUGAAAACAUAUUUUCUAGCAACAAAGUCCACUUCUAUU